GGACCUUUGCACCCCUGCAAACGGACUCGCCUACCGCCGUCCUACUUCAUUACUAUUCAGUGGGUAUCAAGAGACGGGGCGCCGCCGAAGUUUGACUGGGGGAAACUCAAAUGAUAUAUAUACAGGCUAACCGGUGGGUCGACGGUGCGAAUCUCCAAUGAGACUGAACUGACUUGAAACGACACUGACAUCAUGCUUUUCGAUACGUAACCUUUACAAAUCUUAUUUAUUGUUUUUCGUGCUGGGACACGGCGAAAAAACACUGGACUCUCCUUUGAAGUCGACUGUAUCUCUGCGAUCAUGGAUCACUUUCAAUGUUUGGUGGCUUUUUUGGGGCUUUUUAUGUCAACUAUGUUGCGGAGUUUAAGCGCUCAGCACCUCAACGAGUCGAAGCCCUUUCUGGACCAGAUCCUGCGCUUCUAUGGAGAAAAGUCGAACAUCACGGUGCCAGAUUUUGAAAAUCUAGUCAUGUUGAUGUCUGACAGUUCCGCCGAGGAACUAACGGUGGGAAAUCCUCUGGUCAAUGAAAGCUGUCUCUCCUUUGGGGGUAUUCUGGCCCACUACGGCCUAGGCAAGGAGAUCCAUCUGACGAGGGAACAUCUGGAGCGGAUCUGCCCCGCCGUGUUGACCCAGGUGCUGCUGCCCUCUUGCCCCUACGUGCUGCCCCCCACAGCGGUUCCCCUGCCGGUCGACUACUCGGUGUGGGGCUACGGCUUCCUGGCGGUAACCAUCAUCAACCUGGCGUCUCUGUUCGGUCUGCUGCUCAUCCCCUUCACCAAGAAGCCCUACUUCCCCAAGGUGCUUACCUACUUCAUCGGCCUGGCCAUCGGCACGCUGUACUCCAACGCCGUGCUGCAGCUCAUCCCCGAGGCUCUGGGCUUUGACCCCAAGGUGGACAACUACGUGCAGAACGCCAUCGGCAUCUUCGGCGGCUUCUACCUCCUCUUCUUCACGGAGAAGAUCCUGAAGAUGGCUCUAGGCAUGGACCACGAGCACAGCCACUUCGCGGCGGGCUCCCUGGCGGGGGACCUCUCCCUGGGGGGGCCGCUGCCCAACGGGGAGCUGGAGGAGAAGAGGGACUGCGUGAUCCAGACCAGCAUCAGCACGGUGGCCCUGGAGAAGACGGCGCAGCUCCCCGACGGCCGCCUGGACACGCCCUCACACCAGGAAACGCGGGUGGCGUGCCAUUGGCUGCGGGGUCAGCGGAUCUCCAACAUCAAGACGGUGGCGUGGAUGAUCACGCUGAGCGACGCGCUGCACAACUUCAUCGACGGCCUGGCCAUCGGCGCCUCCUUCACCGUGUCCACGCUGACCGGCUUCAGCACCUCCAUCGCCAUCGUCUGUGAGGAGUUCCCCCACGAGCUCGGGGACUUUGUGAUCCUGCUGAACUCGGGGAUGUCGGUCCCUCAGGCCAUCUUCUUCAACCUGAUGUCCGCCAUGUCCUGCUACGUGGGGCUGGUCUUCGGCAUCCUGGUGGGCAGCAGCUUCGCCCCCAACGCCAUCUUCGCCAUCGCCGGCGGCAUGUUCCUGUACAUCGCCCUCGCUGACAUGUUCCCGGAGAUGAACAGCAUCAUGGUGGCCCAAGAAAAGACCUCGACAAAGAUGGUCUUCUUCUUCAUCCAGAACCUAGGGCUGCUCAGUGGAUUCACAAUAAUACUGCUCAUUACCAUGUUCGCUGGAGAGAUCAACCUGGGCUAGGCCAACCCGGCGACCCAAACUGGAACAUUUGAACAGAAGGAUUGUAAUAAGUUUCCUUUCUGCGCACAGUGAAACUGGGCAUGAGGGGGAAUGUAAAGAUCUUGUUUUGUACAAACAGAACGCAAUGUUAAAAUAAGAGAUUUUACUUCUAACAUUUUACUAUCUUUGUAGCUGAAAUCUUCCUCCACAAAAAAGGGAAUGUAUUUGUAAUCAUGUUGUGUCCGGAAUCAGGACAUUUUGCUUGAGCAAACAAUAAAUUAUUUUUACAGUCUCUUGCGUGGCAUGGAGGUGUUUAUUGAUGCUUCUCGGCUCAUCAAUGGGGGUAUUAUUUUGUUAUGGUUGAUUUGAAUGGGAGAGAUGCAGACAGUGAACAUAGGCACACUGAGAAGGGCUCUCCGAUGCAAGUAUCGUAGUGCUUAUAGCGGAUGCUAAUCUACAACAGCCGUCCGUCCCCAGUGUGUGGGAUGACCACACAGUGUGCUUGUUGUGUCAACAACUGAUGUGUAACUCGGUCGACAGGAAACAGUCACAGCUUCUGCUCUGAAUGACCGGACGGUCUCCCCAGCCUUUGUAAUUUUCUUUUUAGAAUUUUAUCAUUCUGAAUCAAAUAUGAAUAUGAUCACCAAUAAUUGUAUCAGGUUUUUACAAUGUCUGUUGAUCUUUGAAAUUUUAUGUAUUGAUUCAUUUAUUGUAUUUUAUUUGAUUCUCUUUUGAUUUUGAAUGAAGACAUGUCACAACAGAAACAUGAUGUAUGAAGCUCAUCAGCUAUAAUCUUGAUUGAGGAAGAAAUAAUAAUAAAUAAUAUCAUUUCUUGGCUCAG